AUGUGCAUGAACUAUCCUAAAAGUAAACCAAUAACUGAUUUACUGGUCAAUUCAAAUGAAACUAACAUUGUCGAUAUGGGCUGUGCUACUUUUAAGCAGCUGAUUGAUGGGCACUUGGUGAGUGCCAUCCGCGACGAAACAAAUCACUUUGUGAAUGAUAUGGAUCACCAGGAAAUUACGAACGGCAAUGGCAUAACAGGUACCAACAGCAGCUUUGCGGUGGAUUUGGAGAAACAGGCAUUGAAGGUUAAGGAAACAGUAGAGAGUGGAGAAUGUGGAGAUAAUAAUAAUAUUAAUAAUAAUAACAAUAAUAAUAAGAAUAAUAAAGACGUAGCACAAUGUCUAUCUCGGGAAAGUACCGGCUCUCUAAUUGGCGAGCGUAUCUGCAGUUCGCUAGUCAGAUGCCCAGAGGCGGAUAAACUCGGGAUGACAAGAUGGUACGGUCCUUCAGGUGUUCUACAAGAGGUUAGUAAGGGAGCUACCUAUUGGUUGGUAGCGAGCUUAAUCACCUCGUAG